UAGUUUUUAGCUAGUUAUAUCUUUUUAGUUCAAUUUUAGUUCAGUGCGACUAUAUCGAUUGAACACGGCCACGCAGACACAGGAUUUGAUUCGGAUUUGAACACAACUCUGUUUUCUCGACUAUCUAUAUCACUUCAGUAUUCACAGUAUUCCACUUCAGGAAUUAAGGAGGUUGGUAAAUCGAUAUGGAAGCUCUUUUGUUAGCCCUAACUAUCACUCAGUACGUUGCUAUGGUAACUGCCAAUCAAAACAUCUGUCCAGCUGUAAGGUACUCAGGAUCCUUCAAGGCUGAUAACCACGUGUCUGACCACGCCCUCCUGGGACAUUCAUAUAAAAACGUCACGACCUCCAACAUCAAAGAGUGUUUCAAUAUCUGCGUGAUGGACUGCGCAUGCGUGUCCUAUCAACUGUUUGGCAAACGUUGCGAGUUGCUGGACGGGGACAGACAYACAGCACCAAUAGACUUCAAACGGAAAACUGGCUACAAGUACUACGAACUCAAACAAAGGAUUUCACUGCCCCAGAAUGCUCCAUCAGUUUGCACGGGACAUUGCAGAAAUGGCUGUUGUAGUUUUGUGACCUGUCUCAAUGGAGGAACUUGUAUCGAGCAGUGUGAUGACGUCAAGCGAAAGUUCCAGUGCCUUUGUAUCCCAGGGAUCUUCACAGGCAGAAUGUGCGAGAAGCCCAUGACGUGUGCCGCGCAUGGCAAAGGACUUGUUUCUGGACUUUAUCCCAUCACUUUACCUUCUGGCAACAAGAUGAAUGUUUACUGUGAUUUCCAUUCACAACCAGGUUUUGUCUGGACUCUGAUAGAGUCGUUUGCUUUUGCUAAUAUGUUAAAGUACCAAGCCAAAUCGUUCACCACGGAUUUUCCUGUCAACCAAACGGGUACUUUUAACUGGACUGACUACCGCCUGUCUCGCCUGGUCAUGCUGCACAUCAGAAGUAACUCGACUCUCUUUAGAGCCACAUGUAAGUACGAGACUGAUGGGCUCCUCACGCGAGACUACAUUCGAGGUUUGCUGACCAACUUUGACAUCAUCAUGCAUGCAAGUGGAACCAUUUGUGCGCAUGUGCAGUACAUUAACGUACGAGGAAUCAACUGUAGCGAAUGUACAACUCAUUGCUAUCAAGGUCCAUAUCAUGCUUUUGUAGACAGUGGACUGGGAUCUAUAGAAGGAUGUCAGUGGGAUGGGAGACAAGGCAGCCAAAGGCUAUGGUCGAACAAGCUAAACCGAUAUAUGUAUGAUGAUAAUUUUGGUUUCUAUUCUAUUCAUAAUCAAGAACAUCGAUGCUCCUCUUCCCACUCUUCUACCACUCAAUGGUGGCUUGGUAAUCCCGAGUACAGCCCAAAUAAUUAACUGAUGUCAUGAAGUCACAAACAGACU